UAUCCGGCUCCGCCUCCCCCCCUCCCGCGGCUGUUGGUACGUGCCGGGAUCGCCCGGCAGCAGGCGCAGGGAUCGGUGCGGCCCGGGGUCUCGCCCCGCCCCCGCCUCAGAGGUAGAGGCCGCAGCCGCUCCCGUUCGCUAUCGCCGCCGCCUCGGUCGGAGUUCGCCGCCGUUCCCGGGCGCCCCGUCCUCCCUCCGGCGGUGUAUGAGUGAUUCGUAACCCCGACUCGCCAUGUCCACUCCGGCCCGUAGGCGCCUCAUGCGAGACUUCAAGAGGCUGCAGGAGGAUCCCCCGGCCGGGGUGAGCGGGGCUCCCUCCGAGAACAACAUCAUGGUGUGGAAUGCCGUCAUCUUCGGGCCCGAGGGAACCCCGUUCGAGGACGGAACAUUCAAACUUACAAUAGAAUUCACAGAAGAAUAUCCAAAUAAGCCACCUACUGUUAGAUUUGUCUCUAAAAUGUUUCAUCCAAAUGUCUAUGCAGAUGGUAGUAUAUGUCUGGAUAUUCUUCAGAAUCGUUGGAGUCCUACUUACGAUGUCUCUUCCAUCUUAACAUCCAUACAGUCUCUGUUGGAUGAGCCAAAUCCCAACAGUCCAGCAAACAGCCAGGCAGCUCAACUAUACCAAGAGAACAAGCGGGAAUAUGAAAAACGGGUUUCUGCAAUAGUAGAACAGAGUUGGCGUGAUUGUUGACCCAGGAUGAUGCAAAUGAACACUCUGGUGAUGAGGAAAGUAUAUGAAGUGUCUGAGUCAUCUUCAUCCUAGCAUCACUGCAUUUACUUUGAAAGCAGAAUAGCUGUUGUGCCGUUGCCACCCUCCCUUGCUGAAGCUUCUUCUCCUUGGACAUAAUAAAGCACCCACUUUGAAGUCAAAUGUACUGUACUUGGGUUACUUGCAAAAGAAUUACUGACGCUGAAUUCAUUUUCUGUGGUCCCUCUCCAGUCUUAGGGCAGUAUUGUGCAUUUCUGUAGUGUACACUAAGCUUUUAAUUGUAAUUGUGUUAUACACAGUGAUGCUUAUGUGUAGCUUGACAAAAGGGAUGUUUAUAUACAUACACAUUUUUUAACUGAUAUUACUAAAGUGCUGAUCUGUCCAGGCUGGUCGUUUACUAUUGGUUUAGACCCCACUGCAUUUGUAAGUACUGAGUGAAGAUGUUUUUUUCUUCAUUUGCAUUGGUUUCCCAGCUCUUAACUAGUUUGUAAGAACGCCAGUCACUUCUGCACUUCACAGGGGAGAUUUAUGUACAGAUAUACAUAAAUCGCUUCAGGUGUGGUACUUUGAUCUUUACUUGGGGUGAGAAUUAAACCUCUUUGUUUUUUUUUUUUAAAGUAGUGUGUUAAGGGACAUGCCCAUGGAGACUGCUCCACUGACGUCCUGUAGUCCUGUUACUGAGGUGUUACUGGACAACAGCAGAUAGAGCUGCGGUACUCUUGAGUUACAGCCCUUCCGUAUUAAGGAAGGGGUAAAACCUGAAGCGUUCCAGAGGUGGAAUUAUUCUCCUUUUAGUGUCUUCUUCCCUCCCCUUAUCUUCACCUGAGAAAGAUAAGUUAUUGGGCAUCCAGCUUUGCCUCGAGGAAAGUUUGAAUAAAGUAUGGGGUAGGCACUUCAGUCUCUGCAGUUCCCAAUCUUUGUAGUUUACUGUGGUUUAUGUGAGCUACUGCUGCAUGCUUGAGUUAGUUCCUCUUCAAUUUUAUCAAAGUAUUUUUUCAACUCUGAGAAAACAGUUGUUAAGUCCAGACUCACUUUUUUGUACGGCUAAGUUUGUACAUUUGGAUACAGUUCCUAAAGCAGCAGUGUGGGAUGAAACCUACAAUUGUGUUGUCCAAUGUUCCAGUGUCUUUUGUGUGCACAUUGGUCUGUUAGUUAAGUAUAACUUUGCACAAGUAACCCAUGUAAGAAACUGUACAUUUUUCAAAACUUGUAAAUAAAGUGUAACCUUAAUGCUUAUUGUAUAAAUAGGCAA